AAAGGAGAUGAUCGUGAACUUCAGGAAACAGCAGAGGGAGCAUCCCCCUAUCCACAUCGAUGGGACAGUAGUGGAGAGGGUAGUAAGUUUUAAGUUCCUCGGCGUACACAUCACGGACAAACUGAAUUGGUCCACCCACACAGACAGCGUCGUGAAGAAGGUGCAGCAGCGCCUCUUCAACCUCAGGAGACUCACAAACUUCUACAGAUGCACAAUCAAGAGCAUCCUGUCGGGCUGUAUCAUUGCCUGGUACGGCAACUGCUCCACCCACAACCGUAAGGCUCUCCAGAGGGUAGUGAGGUCUGCACAACGCAUCACCGGGGGCAAACUACCUGCCCUCCAGGACACCUACACCACCCGAUGUCACAGGAAGGCCAUAAAGAUCAUCAAGGACAACAACCACCCGAGCCAUUGCCUGUUCACCCCGCUAUCAUCCAGAAGGCGAGGUCAGUACAGGUGCAUCAAAGCAGGGACCGAGAGACUGAAAAACAGUUUCUAUCAGACUGUUAAACACUAACAUUGAGUGGCUGCUGCCAACACACUGACUCAACUCCAGCUCACUUUAAUAAUGGAAAUUGAUGUAAAAAAUGUAUCACCAGCCACUUUGAACAAUGCCACUUAAUAUAAUGUUUACAUACCCUACAUUACUCAUCUCAUAUGUUUAUAUUGUACUCGAUACCAUCUACUGUAUCUUGCCUAUGCCGUUCUGUACCAUCACUCAUUCAUAUAUCUUUAUGUACAUAUUAUUUUCCCUUUACACUUGUGUUUAUAAGGUAGUAGUUGUGGAAUUGUUAGGUUAGAUUACUCGUUGGUUAUUACUGCAUUGUCGAAACUAGAAGCACAAGCAAUUCGCUACACUCGCAUUAACAUCUGCUAACCAUGUGUAUGUGACAAAUAACAUUUGAUUUGAGGGUUGGACCCGUGAGCUUCCUUCUCCCAGGGUAGGCAUGAGUAUUCCAACAUCAUUUUCCGCCAAACCCUUUCUGGUUUCCAUUUCACUGGCUGGCUGUCCCUCAGGUGUUGUCUCUACAGCUCUAGUGGACUCCGGUCCACGGGGAAUUUCAUUGACCAGGCCCUUGCCUCUUCCCUGAACAUAACCUCGUAUACGCUGUCCUCUCCUUUUCCAGUCCAAGCCCUGGAUAAUCGACCAUUGGGAUCCGGCACAAUCACACACAUCACAGCACCCCUCACCCUCAACGUGGGACCAAAGCACCAGGAAAGCCUUCCCUUCCUCAUCAUCACCACACCCAUACACAAAGUCAACCUCUGCCUCCGUGUCUCCAACAUCAUAACCCCACCAUCUCCUGGUCGAGGAUGAAAAUCACCGCCUGGGCACCAGGAUGCCGGAAGACCUGUUUUCCCGUACCCUGUUGUUCUACGUCCGCUUAGAGUCCUGUAAGUGCCCUCCAGCCCAUCAUCCUGGCCUCCUGUAUCGUUGGCACUGUGCUUUGGGACGUAGAUGUGGACAUCCGCUUGGCUCUGGAGAGGGAACCUACUCCUGCUACCUGCCCUCCCGAACGCAUCUAUGUCCACACGGGAGUAAGAGAUCAGCUGUUGACCUGGGGACACACAUCGCUCUCCGCUGGACACACAGGUCGCUGAGGAACUGUUCCAGAAGGUUUUCCGACACUAUGGACUUCUGGAGGAAGUUGUCUCCAACCUGGAGGAAGCUGGGGCCACGGCCAGCCUCACAUCCGGGUACAACGGGCAGUCCAACGGGCAUGUGGAGAGGACCAACCAGGAGCUGGGGAGGUUCCUUAGAACUUACUGUCAGGACCAGCAGGGGGAGUGGGCCCGGUUCCUUCCCUGGGGGGGCAGUACGCCCAGAACUCACUUUGUCACUCCUCCACCGGUCUGACUCCCUUCCAGUGCGUCCUGGGAUAUCAGCUGGCCCUGGCCCCAUGGACAACGAGCUAGACCGAGGCCCCUGCUGUGGACAAGUGGUUCCGGCCCCAGGAGGUUUGGAACACGAGGUAACAUUCUGUUUGCAACACACCAACAACAACAGGAUCUCACCCUCUUUUCAUGUUUCCCUCCUCAAGACAGUGGAUCCUUGUCCCCUGGCUGAUGCCGUCCCCUGCAAUACAUAUUCGCCUCCCCUGGACAUCAAUAGGACCCCUGCCUAUGCUGUCAGGUCCCUACUGGACUCCCAACGUUGUGGGGGUCGGCUUCAGUAUCUGAAGAAUUGGGGUACGGUCCAGAGGAACGCUGUUGGGUCCCAUCUCCGCUGUCUGAACCGGCCCGCUCCUCGCCCUUGUGGCCAUCCUCCUGGCUGACGUUGUCCUGUGGCUAGACCCGCGCGUAGGGGAGAGGUACUGUCACGCCUACUCCCCCUCUCCAGCGCUCGACGUCAACAGUCUACUAACCACCGGUCCUGGCAACCAUCAUCACGCACACCUGGACUUCUUCAUCACCUUGAUUACAUUCCCUUUAUUUAGCCCUCAGUAGCCUCAGUCAUCAUGCAGAAUAUGUUUGUUUUCAUAUUCAGUACACUACCUUGUCUUAUUGUUAAACUCUCUUUUUCAACCUGCUUCCUGACUUACUGCAUAUACAGUACAUCACACUGGGGGAGUUACUGGCUCGCUACAAGUGGCUUGCUUAGCUAAUGAACUGGUUACAUCGGUCGUGGCGUGCAUGACCAGAAUGACACAUUGAUGAACAACCAAGGGCACACCCCAAAUGAGAAAGAUGAGAAGUUGGACUGUUUUUCUGAGCCAAAGUUGACUGUUAAAGCUAAUUUCCUGCAAUUCUACACAUUUUGCCAUUGCUUAUGACGUGUUCAUAUGAUAUCUGGUGGCCCCCAACCUUUUAUUUUAUUUUAAAUGAAUUAUUUGUGGGGGGUAGUGUUGUCUCAUCAGCAAGCUGUAAUUAAUUAGACACGAAAUCCUGUGAUAUAACAGGAAGUCAUCAUGUUUAAUUUACAGUUAAUAUGUAACAACAUGAAUCAUUGCUGUGUAAUUGUAACAAAAACUGAAGCAUAACAUUAAUAAGUGUGUAUGAAGAAUUAACAAUAAACAGUAUGAACAUUGUUUUACAGGUCAUUUUAACAUGAACCAAUCCUCAUUGGAUUCCCAUUAAAUGUUUUUUAAUCCAGGCUAUUCAACUGUCAUAGAUGGGUAAAGUGACUCUGUGAUAGUAAACCGUGUCUGUAACCUGAGCCGUAGAUUUAACUAGCACCAACCUCUCCAAUCACCAGUCAAUAUAUGGGUAAAACCUCUUAUUCUCAUUACAGCUCUCAAAAACCAUGGAACCAUCCCAAAUGGCCCCCUAUUUCCUAUAUAGUGCACUACUUUUGAGCAGCCCUGUAGGCCAUUUGGGACAC